AGAUAUAUGAUGCUCAAAUAAAUAAACAGAUAAUAAUAGACGGAACAAAUAUGUUAGUUUGAGAACUCCUGUGAUCUACAUCAGCCAUUUCAGUUUGUAUAAAAACCUGAAAAACCUGCUUUGGUUCUAGUGCCGAGGUAUUUAAAUAAUGUAUAUUUACAGACACCUCACAAGCUGCCUCUCUAGACCACAUUUGCACAUUUCUGUUGAUCUUUGUGUCAUCUGACUACUUAACAUAACAGCAAAACAUAACCGCUGACAAAAGGAUCUUCCUCUCUAUUUCAGUAGAGAUAAGACAAGGGGAAUGCUUAUUUUCUCCUUUGAAAACCUGUGAGGAAAUCUUAAGACUUAUAGAAUUUGCUCGAGUCACUGUGGAUUAUUAUUGGUGAAUUAUCUUUUUUUAUUGUAGCUCUUGUAUCUCUGGUUUUAAUUUACUGCUGCAUAACUACAUAUUUUUUUAAUGGAGGGUCAUGGCAAACAGAUUGGGGGCUUGGCACUGGUCAUGAUGGGGGUUUUGGGAGUGUGUUUAGUGUGUGGACUGCCAAUGUGGCGCGAGACAUCUUUUGUGGGAGCAAAUGUUGUGACUGCACAAUCGGUUUGGGACGGUCUGUGGUUACACUGUGUCUUUCAGGCCACAGGUCAGAUGCAGUGCAAGAGACACACAACAUCCAUCACUAUGACCCCUGACAUCCAGGCUGGGCGUGCCCUCACAUUGCUCUCCAUCAUCGCCGGCCUCCUGGGCUUCAUUGUCACCCUCAUCGGAGGAGGCGUAGCCAACUGUAGUGACGAUCCACCUGAGCCCUUAGAGCCUCCGACCACCUCUUCCUCAAGAAAGAAGGCAUCUCUGCUGGGUGGAGCUCUGUGUGUCCUAGCCGGCAUCCUGUGUCUGGUUUCAGUCAGUUGGUCAGCAGCAGCAACCAUCUCACUCUACAACGAUCCCUUGGUGGUUGCGGCCCUGAAGAGAGAGGUGGGCUCCUCCAUCUACAUAGGCUGGGCCUCCUCUCUGCUGCUCCUGCUCGGCGGUGUUCUGAUGUGUAUCGUCUGUGGGGAGAAGGAGAGAUCACAAUCUUCGAACUACUCCUACACGCCAUACAACAUCAACACAUUCAGUGACGGCUCAUCCCGUAUGGGCGGUCUGAGGUCUGAUUUCAUAAGAUCAGACAGCCCCAGGAGGUUUGAUCGUCACACGUCAAGUUGGACGGGCAUGUACUCCAAGCAUCCCUGAAUAGAGCUCAGAGUGGGGUUGGGAGGUGUAAUCAGCCUCAGGCAGGGGAGGAUCUGGAAAAAUGUUCAUGGGGUGGCAGGAGGGUGGCAUGGAGCCUUAAGGGGGGGAAGAAAUAUAUGUUGAUUUAACUGCAAACAAUCAAAUAUAUCAAUAUUUGCUUGGACUCACUUUUACCUCACAAUUUUUACAUUAUUGUGGAACAUUAGAGAAGCAUUGAAUAGACACAUGUAAAGGUGGUAAAGGUUGUUUUAAUUUCAAGUCUUCCAAAAUAUAUUUUUCCUAAUACAUGUAAUUUUUCAUUUAAUUUAAACCUGUUACUUAAGUCUGACAUUUUGCCACAACCGAUAAUUAAAUUAAAUGUAUCACUUUCUUUUUUUUUUUUUUCAAGUUAUUUUUUAAAAUCAAUCUAAAUGAAUGUGUGAAAUUUGACUGCAUUUGACACCAAACUGGGGUGGCCGGGCAUUUUUUAGAGGUGGCACCCCUCAAGACCCGCCCUUGGCCUUAAGGGACACAACACAACCAGGAGACUUUGGGAAGUAAGCUAACCCGUAAUCUGUCAAACAGAUCAGGGACACCAGACAAGGGUGAAAGGCUUAUUCAUGGGGAUGAAGCCAAAUCUGGUGUGUGACGAUUGCAGCAGAGCCACAACUGUGCCAAGGGAAUGUUAUUACAGUGUGUCCUAAAUCUGGUUGGUUGGAUCUGCACUGAUCAUUGUUCUUUACUGAGGGUGACUGAACACAGGAAUUACAUAGAUGUUAACAGUGAGUUUCUGUCAUUGUCAUUUCUGCUUAUGUCAGAUCAAUAAAGUUUGACAUCAUUGUUAUUAUUAUUCAAGAUACCUGGCUUUACAGGCUGCCAGUGGAUUAGUCAUUAAAAGCUCAUGCUGUACAGCCAAAUAUUGUAAUGUUAUAGACCAACUAAACCCAAUUUAAAUAAAUAAUAAUAAUAAUGGUAGUGGCAUUUUUUAUUUAAUGAUUAAAAAAAACUGCACUUCCCUUUAUAUGCAGGACUGAGGAAAAGUUAUUCAAAUUAUCAUCAUUUAGAGAAACUCCACUUUAAUACAAUGACUGAUCUGAAUGAAGGUCCACUACAUCUUUCUGGUGCCACAAAGUGCCACAACAUUAACAAAGUGCUAAUGUUUCAGAUUUGUGUUCAAGGACACGUUUGCCUGUUCAGUGAAUACCUGCUGCAUCCCUGCAGUCAUGUGUGCAUUCAAACACCUACUGUUCAUGCCAUUACACUCUGAGUGCCGCUAGUAUCGAUUGGCACUGUGAUCACUCUGGAGGUGAUGUGCUUUUCUGGGAACCAUUUCAAAGCUUUUGAUCUUUGCCAAUCAGAAGAGUACCAUUUAUAUUCACUGUGAAUGACUGUCACAUAUUUCCGUGAUACUGUAAGAAGUUAGAUUUCUCAAGAGGAACUGCUUUACUCACUCACACACUCUCUCUCUCCUUUAGACUGAUUUAUAUAUUUUGAUAUAUUUUGUCAUACAUACUAUACUAUAGUUAUUAUGUAUUAUAUAUGCUGUACUAUUCUAUAUGUUUUUACUACUACUAAAUCUCACGUUAUAUUGUAUAUUCCAUACUUUUUUAUACUGUACUGCGGGGGUCUCCGAACUUUUUGAGAGUGUGGGCUAUCUAGAGGGAGAAAAUAGAAUAACAUGGCGUUGUUAGCCAAUAUGACUUGAAAUUAUAAUUGCAGGUGUCAAAGUUAUGUUUUCUUUGUUUGUGAUAUUAACACUGAGGGAUCUUAUGGGAAAUUUACACAAGAUAAACCAAUUAAAUGAUAGGUAAUGAAAAUCUAAAAGUGCAACUCAGAGAAAAAGAAAAGAAAAAGCAGAAUGCAGAAGGGCAGAACAGAGAAGCAUGGUUUCAACUCAUGUUGUAAAGGCUAAUCUCAAUACACUUUUUAAAUUAAUCAUUUUUAUUUCAACUAUAUUUCUAUAUUAAUACAGACAAACACUGAGUAUCAUUACCCAUCAUAUUACUUAUUAUUGUGGUGUAUGCUCUUUACCACCAGACUAAUCACAUAAUUUUGUCUUUAAAUGCUCUUGUAUAAUUUCUAUUUUUUCCUCAAUUCUUAUUUAUGUUUUAUCUCCUAUUAUUUUUUUUGCUUUUUUUAUAUCUCUUGUAUUCUUUUCCCUACUGAGUAUCAAUCAAGGCUUGUUGUAUCUUAAAAUAAAGUAGAAACUGAGAUUGCUACACUGACA